AGUGAGACUUUUGAACAAAAUUGCUUGCACUAUAUUCAAACAUUCUGUGUCGGUUUGGUCUUUGCCCUCCAUUUUGCUCAAUCGGUAUACCUCUGUUGCAAAAGCCUCUCGAUUAAUUGUUUUCAAUGCUAGCGGUGAUUUCUAAUCUAAGCCGAGGUCGUGAGAAUCAGACGUGCUCGGGCACGAAAUCAUUUGUCUGCUCGAAUUAAAAAUUGAUAGUUUUUCUUGUCUGGUUCUUCCUCUUAGUUAAGAGUACUCCUCACGGCCUCUGCGGGUCAUAUUGCAAUACGCGUGUAAUUUCAGCACCCGGUGGAAUUCCAAACCAGACAGAAGCCUCCAACUCCAACGAAACAAUAUGAAUCUUAAAACUUUCCUCUGCCUCCUCAGCCUCUUUAUCUCUCUAUGUCACUCCUUUGCAGCCCCGACCUUGCUAUUUCAGGGGUUCAAUUGGGAAUCUAGUAAUAAAGGAGGAUGGUACAAUUCACUAAAGAACUUUGUUCCUGAUUUAGCUAAUGCUGGAAUCACUCAUGUCUGGCUUCCUCCUCCCUCUCAAUCUGCUGCUCCCCAGGGUCUAGGAUACUUGCCGGGGAGGCUAUAUGAUCUUGAUGCCUCAAAAUAUGGAUCUAAGGAUGAACUGAAAGUACUGAUUGCGGCUCUACAUGAGAAGGGAAUUAAAGUCGUUGCUGACAUAGUGAUAAAUCAUAGAACUGCUGAGAAGCAAGAUGGCAGAGGAAUUUGGUGCAUCUUUGAAGGUGGGACUCCAGAUGCACGUCUUGACUGGGGUCCAUCCUUCAUUUGCAAGGAUGACACAGCUUAUUCGGAUGGUACUGGGAAUCCCGACAGUGGAGAGGGCUAUGACCCUGCACCUGACAUUGAUCAUCUUAAUCCACAGGUACAAAAAGAGUUGUCAGAAUGGAUGAAUUGGCUCAAGACUGAGAUUGGAUAUGAUGGGUGGCGAUUUGAUUUUGUGAAGGGCUAUGCCCCUAGUAUUAUAAAAUAUUAUGUGGAACAAACCAAGCCAGAUUUUGCAGUAGGGGAAAACUGGAAUUUUAAUCGUGGUGUUCUAGCUGAAUGGGUUGGGUCUGCGGGUGGGGCUGUCACUGCAUUUGAUUUCGCAACCAAAGGGAUUCUGCAAGCAGCUGUGAAAGGGGAGUUAUGGAAGUUAAAGGACUCCAACGGAAAGCCACCAGGAUUGAUUGGAAUAAAGCCAGAAAGUGCUGUGACAUUUAUUGACAACCAUGACACAGGGUCUACUCAAAAUAUUUCGCCAUUCCCCUCUGAUAAAGUCAUGCAGGGAUAUGCUUACAUUCUAACUCAUCCUGGCAUCCCAACCAUUUUCUAUGAUCAUUUCUUUGAUUGGGGUUUAAAGGAGGAAAUAAGCAAAUUGACUGCAGUUAGGUCGAGGAAUGGGAUCAAUACCAGAAGCAUUGUGAGCAUACUAGCAUCUGAUGGUGAUUUAUAUGUAGCUAGGAUUGAUGACAAGAUCAUCAUGAAGAUUGGACCAAAGAUGAAUCUUGGAAACCUCAUUCCCUCAAACUUUCAGGUUUCUACCUCUGGCAAAGAUUACGCUGUGUGGGAGAAAAAGUGAAGAAUAGAAAUGAUUUUGUGCUGAAUCAAUGUCAUAAUACCCUGUUACUAAUACUUUAAUGUAGAAUAAAGAGCUGCUCAAUUAAGCCCUUAAGGGGUGACCAACAUCAGCCACCCCCGUAGAAUUGUUGCAAAUUCAAUGAAUAUUGUU